UUACCACAAUGGAGUCUAAUCUGAAGUCCUUAGAGGAAGAAAACAAGAAAUCACUUCACAAAGAGGCUCCAGCUAGACAUAACAGCUGUUUACAUCAGAGAGAGCCGAUUAGCGAACAGAACUUUGACGCAUACGUGACCACGCUAACGGACAUGUACACCAAUCAAGAUCACUAUCAGAGUCCAGAGAACAAGGCCCUGCUAGAAAAUAUAAAACAAGCGGUACAAGGCAUUCAAGUCUAGCAUCUCAGAACGUUCCUAAAACAAAGGAAUACUGAGGAAAGAAGACACUUCCAGAAAAAAAAACAUUAUAAUACUCAUAUGGGAUGCCUCCUGCUUUGCUGUUGUAGUUGAUCAAACAGUGUUAAUUCAUGUUCUUUUAAAAAGUGUUAUGCUGACUAAACAUGAUUUUUCUUUGGGUUUAUUUUUCUGGCCUUGCUUUAAAAAAAAAUUAUGAUCUGCAAAAUAGUUUUUGAAAGUAUUCACAUUUUGUACGCUUUCAUAUUGGCUAAUGUAAUGUGACUCAUCCUUCUGGCUGCUCAUUGAAGCACCUUUUUAGUGUAUAUUUUUAAACAGUAAUGCACCCAAUACUGAACAUUAGUCGAUGCUUGCUGAAAGAGUGUCACAAACUGGAAAAAGGUAGCCACUAAACAUUUCUGCUCAUCUUAAAGAUGUGAAAAGAUUAAUGAAAUGGCAAGAGUUUCUUUUUAUCAUCCCCAAAAAUGAACAUUUGCUGAAAAUGUACUC